AUGGAACCUCAAGAGAUGAUGUCAGCCGCCGUUGCUGAUUAUGAGGAAGUGAAGUCCCUCCUACAAGAGACUGGCCUGCCAUACUUCGUGACGCCCGGCGGGGAAGACUGCAUUCAAGCCUUCAAGUUGGUGUUUGGAGUGGAGCCGAGCGCUCAGGAGGUCUACAGCAGAAUGCCUGACGGCAUGCAGACGGAACAGUAUGAUGUCAAUGAAUAUCACGAGAGAUGUAUCAACGAAGAUAGCUGGCAGGAAAGUUCUUCGACGCCUGGGGACGACCUAACGGGCUACGAGGCGUCUAGAGCAGCAAUAUCAGGGAUGGACGACUUGGAGGACACCGGGAACGGGGGCGGAUGUUGCGGCGGGGGCAAGCAGGGGCAGGAGAGCGAACGAUCUUCCUGGUUCGAGAGCGGCAAAAGGAAGAUCCUAAAAGACCCGGAGGACAACGAAACGAAGGCUUUCGCAGAGGCGCCGAAGUGGACGACGCCGGCAGAAGAGACCUCCUCGAAGCUUCUGAUGGCAAGGUUCUGUGACUUUAUACCCUCCCAUGGCAGCCCGAGGAGGCUUGAGUAUGAGAGGCGACUCUUUGAAGGCCUGCUGUCAGAGAACGCUCCUAAGCUCGCCCAGUGCCACGUGCACUCGUUCCCCAUCGCCUCCUCUUCCUCCGGCUCGGCUGGGCCACCCGGGCAAGAGGACGGGAGCAGCAGGCAGGAUGGACUGCAGUACUUCGAGCACGAAUCCCUCCUGAACGACAUCUCCCGUUCCAAUAAGUUUGUCCUCUCGCUCAGCAGCUUGUCUGUGGAGCAGAGCAAGUCAGGGCUGCAGGUCCACACGCAUGCAACGGGACGGGCGACAUUCGUCGAGACUCCUUCUCUCGCUGUCUUUCCUCACGUUUUCUCCAUGCACAAUCUUUCCACCUCUGAUCUGAGCUCGAUUUCAAGGUGA